UUUGCGCUGUGUGUUUUUCCGCUUUAUCUAUUUUAAAAUUGCUUUUAUUUAACAAAAUCAAUUGUAAUUGUUGCGUGUGUUCAUAUAAACUUGUGAGUAGUGAUAUUUUGCUUCUAUUAGACGCAACUUUAUUUAAAACCUUAAAGUCCACUCUAAAAAUCAUGGCUGAAACAGAGACGCAACAACAUCAAGACGGACAUCAUGAUGAAGAUGUACAUGAUGCCAACUAUCAAGCGCCCCCAGUAAAAUCGAUUGAGGAGAUAAUGGCUGCCGAUCAGGAAGAUGAGAGCUUGCGUCGUUAUAAAGAGGCGCUUUUGGGUGCGGCACAAGCCGAAAAGAUAGUUGUUGAUCCCAACGACUUGAGAAAGGUGAUUGUCAAGAAAUUGGCGCUUGUCGUUGAAGGACGUGACGAUAUGGAAUUGGAUCUAAGCGGCGAUAUUAGUCAGUUGAAAAAACAGCUCUUUGUGAUCAAGGAAGGUGUUCAGUACAAGGUGCGCAUUGAUUUUAUUGUUCAACGCGAAAUUGUGCACGGGCUUAAGUAUGUGCAGAAGACCUAUCGCAUGGGUGUGCCGGUUGUGGUUGAUAAGAUGACUCAUAUGGUUGGCUCGUAUCCGCCCAAAAAGGAAAUACAAUUCUACUUGACGCCGGCCGAAGAGGCGCCUUCGGGUAUGGUCUCACGUGGCACUUAUUCGGUAACAUCGGUCUUUACGGAUGAUGAUAAGCACAUACAUUUGAAAUGGGACUGGACCUUCGAGAUCAAAAAGGAUUGGGCAUAAAGCAUAUAUACCUUUUACAUAUAUAUAAAUAUACACACAAACACACAGUCAAACUUUGGCAUAUAACCGUAUGGUUUUAUCAUUUGUUAAAAUUCUUGUAAAUUACAUAUACUUCAGAAUUGAAUAUUUUUCCAAAAUCCAUAAAGUAUUUUUGUGUUAACGGUAUUAAGAUAAAUAUUUUUGUAAUCAAAUUUAUGUAAAUGAGCCGUAUAAAGUAUUUUUGAUACAAUCCAAGUUGCAUGUGUGUAAAAGAGCGCAAUUCUCGCCUAUUUUGCUGUAAGUCGUCGUAGUACCACAAAAGUCAAGUCAGUUCUUUAAAUGCCAUUGCAUAUGUUUAACAUAAAAUUUCAAAUGAUGAUUAAUAAUAAACUUUAAGAAAGUUGUGUGCAUUUCUCGAUAUACACAUAAAUAUUUAAGAAUAACUGUUUUCCACGCAAACAACUGAAAAAACAAACAAUAAAAAAUAUGAAUGUAAA